AAAAUCAGCUGUUCUAAGUUUACAAACACCACAUUUGGUAAAGUCUAAAGUAGAAUAUCUUUUAAAUUAUGUAAAUUAAACUGACUAUGUAAAGAAGGAGGAUAUUAUCAAAUUAACUGAACAGAAUGGCCAGCAAUGAACCUGCAAAAGAGAAUCAUACCAGAGUAAAAGUGGAAUACUGUGGAGUGUGUGAUUAUGGCGGUCAUUGCUUAGCUCUUGGACAAAUAAUCAGAAAAAUGACCCCUAAUGCCACAAUACACUGUAAGCGUGGAAGACAAGGUGCCUUCGAGGUUGAAGUAAAUGACAAAUUAAUAUAUUCAAAGCUUCAAACAAUGGCAUUACCAGACUUUGACGAGGUAGCAGAGGUUGUAAACAAUGUUUCAUUAGGGGAAGAGCCUCGGCUCAUAAAAGGACAACAACCAAUAAACUGUGCAAUAUCAUAAAAUAUAUUCAACUCGUAAACAACUGUAAUAUAAACUAGUCUUAUAUAUUAUAUUAUAUUAAAAUAUAAAAUGAGAAAAUAACAA